AUGUGUGAUAGUCCAUUGAGUAAAAGACAAAAGCGGGGGGCUGCAGGACGAUCAGAAUUAUCUCUUGACCAUGGUGAUAUCGAACAAGAAUCACAGGUAGAAAACCGAGUUAAUCGCACUGAAAAGACACCAGACCCAAAUAUUCCUGCGCUGGAAGCAUCAUAUACCAAAUCACAUACUCCUAGGAAGCUUGUUUUGAGCUCUGGUGAAAAUCGGUACGCCUUUUCUCAACCUACGAACUCAGCAACCACAUCACUGCAUGUACCGAAUUUGCAACCACCAAAAACGUCUUCUAGGGGCCGCGACUAUAAGGCCUAUUCUCAAUCGCCACCAAGGUCUCCAGGAAGAUCCCCAACUAGGAGAUUAGAAUUGCUCCAGCUUUCGCCUGUGAAAAAUAGCAGGGUUGAACUGCAAAAAAUCUAUGAUAGCCACCAGUCAUCGAGCAAGCAACAGGGCAGACUGUUUAUUAAUGAAUUGGUCUUAGAGAACUUCAAGUCCUACGCUGGUAAACAAGUAGUAGGUCCCUUUCAUACCAGCUUCUCAGCAGUGGUAGGCCCCAAUGGUUCAGGCAAAUCAAAUGUCAUCGAUUCGAUGUUAUUUGUAUUUGGAUUUAGAGCAAAUAAGAUGAGACAGGACAGAUUGUCCGACCUAAUUCACAAAUCGGAAGCUUUCCCGAAUUUACAAUCGUGUUCCGUAACUGUGCAUUUUCAGUACGUUAUUGAUGGAUCCUCAGGUACUUCCCGAAUCGAUGAAGAAAAACCUAGACUGGUCGUUACAAGAAAAGCAUUUAAAAAUAAUUCAUCAAAAUAUUAUAUAAACGAAAAAGAAAGCAGCUACACAGAGGUUACAAAGCUUUUAAAAAAUGAGGGUAUUGAUUUAGAUCAUAAAAGAUUUUUGAUUCUACAAGGUGAAGUAGAGAAUAUUGCCCAAAUGAAACCUAAGGCAGAAAAAGAGAGCGAUGACGGAUUACUGGAAUAUUUGGAGGACAUAAUUGGAACUGCCAACUAUAAACCGUUAAUUGAAGAGCGAAUGACUCAGAUUGAGAAUUUAAAUGAAAUUUGCCUAGAAAAAGAAAAUAGAUUUGAAAUUGUUGAUAGAGAAAAGAAUUCAUUGGAGUCAGGAAAAGAAACUGCGUUGGAGUUUUUAGAUAAGGAAAAGCAGCUAACACUUUUAAAAUCAAAAUUAUUUCAAUUUAAGUUGUUUCAAAACAACUCUAAGCUUGCCAGUACCUUGGAAAAGAUCUCUUCUUCGAAUGAGGACCUCGAAACUGAAAAGAUGAAAUUUCAAGAAUCUUUGGAAAAAGUGGACGAGGUUAAAGCUCAACGUAAGGAAAUAAAAGAUCGAAUAUCAUCUUGUGCUUCAAAAGAAAAGACUUUAGUUUUUGAAAGAAGAGAAUUAGAAGGCACCAGAGUUUCUUUAGAAGAGAGAACAAAAAAUUUGGUUAAUAAAAUGGCAAAAGCGGAAAAGACUUUGAAGUCCACCAAAAAUUCGAUAUCGGAAGCCGAGCACAUGCUUGAAGAGCUUCGUGGGCAACAGACUGAACACGAGACAGAGAUCAAAGAUUUGACUCAAUCGUUGGAGGAGGAACGAAGGAUACUUGAUGAUAUUAAGCUAUCUUUGAAAGACAAAACCAAGGAUAUUUCUGCAGACAUUAUCCGGCAUGAAAAGGAACUGGAACCCUGGGAUCUUCAACUUCAGGAAAAAAAAUCGCAAAUACAAUUGGCUGAAUCUGAACUAUCUUUAUUAGAAGAAACUCAGGCUAAGCUAAAAAAAAACGUUGAAACCUUGGAAGAGAAAGUUCUUGCUAAGAAAACACAUAAGCAGGAGCUACAAGGUCUUAUUCUCGAUCUUAAAAAGAAGUUGAACUCACUCAUAGAUGAAAGAUCACAAGGUGAAAAGAAUUUCAGUUCCGCUCAUCUAAAGUUAAAAGAAAUGCAAAAGGUUUUGAACACCCACCGCCAACGUGCGAUGGAAGCUCGAUCUUCUUUAUCGAAGGCUCAAAAUAAAAGUAAAGUUUUAACAGCUUUAUCGAGAUUGCAGAAGUCUGGACGUAUAAAUGGAUUCCAUGGACGUCUGGGGGAUUUGGGCGUUAUCGACGAUAGUUUUGAUGUGGCUAUUUCUACUGCCUGUCCAAGACUGGAUGAUGUGGUGGUCGAUACUGUAGAAUGUGCACAGCACUGCAUCGAUUACUUAAGAAAAAACAAACUUGGUUACGCAAGAUUUAUUCUUUUGGAUAGGUUACGUCAAUUUAAUUUACAACCUAUCAGUACACCAGAAAAUGUGCCAAGGCUAUUCGAUUUAGUUAAGCCUAAAAACCCCAAAUUCUCAAAUGCGUUCUACAGUGUUCUUAGAGACACCUUAGUUGCUCGGAACCUAAAGCAAGCCAAUAAUGUAGCGUAUGGGAAGAAAAGAUUUAGAGUGGUCACUGUAGAUGGGAAAUUAAUUGAUAUCUCUGGUACAAUGAGUGGCGGUGGUAACCAUGUGGCAAGAGGUCUAAUGAGAUUAGGAACGAGCCAGUCAGACAAAGUAGAUGAUUACACCCCGGAAGAGGUGGAUAAAAUUGAGCGUGAGCUGUCUGAAAGAGAAAGUAACUUCCGCGUGGCAAACGAUACAGUUCAUGAGAUGGAGGAAGAACUGAAGAAAUUGAGGGAUCACGAACCAGAACUGGAAUCACAAAUAUCAAGGGCAGAAUUGGAAGCUGAUUCCUUAGCGAGUGAAUUAACACUGGCAGAACAACAAGUGAAGGAGGCGGAAACGACAUACGUCAGGGCAGUCAGUGACAAAGCGCAGCUAAACAUAGUAAUGAAAAACUUGGAACGCUUGAGAAACGAAUACGAUGAUUUGCAAUCCGAAACAAAAACCAAAAAGGAGAAGAUCAAAACCUUGCAAGGCGAAAUCAUGAAAGUUGGUGGUACCAGAUUGCAGAUGCAAAAUUCAAAAGUUCAGUCACUUUGUCAGAGGUUAGAUAUUCUAGUCGCCAAACUUAAAAAAGUUAAGUCAGGCUUAAAGAAGUCAGGAGGGGAUGUCCUAAAAUUUCAAAAACAGCUGAAGAACACUGAAGGAGACGUAGAACUAUCAUCAAAUGAGCUAAAAAUCAUCGAAGAAAAACUAAAGCACACAAAACUGGCUUUGUCAGAAAAUGACAUAAAUAUGACUGAGACGCUCAACUUGAAAAGAGAAUUAAGAGAACAGAACGAACAACUGAAGGAAAAAGUAGACGAGAUGGAGGAAAAUAUUGAUGAAUUCAAAUCCCUGGAAAUUGAAAUGAAAAACAAGUUGGAAAAAUUGAAUUCAUUAUUGGCGUAUAUCAAAAGCGAGAUAAAACAACAAGAGAAAGGAUUAAACGAACUCUCAAUUAGGGAUGUAAUACAUACUCUGGAAAUGCUUGACAAUAAUCAAAUGGACAUAAUGAAGGAGGAUAUUGAAGAUGAUCAGGAAGUUGAUCGGGAAUACCGAUCUUGUGAAACUCAAGUUGAGGGUAAAAUACAGGACGACGAGGAUUCUUGUGACAAUAAACAUUCAAUGAACGUUGAUGAGACUUCGGAUGAGGUUUCCAGAGGAAUACCAAGGCUUUCUGAGGAUGAAUUAAGGGAAUUGGAUACAGAACUACUUGAAAGUGAAAUUAAUGAAUUGACAUAUUACGUCGAAGAGACUAAUGUGGAUAUUGGAGUUUUGGAGGAGUAUGCUAGGCGCUUAGUAGAGUUUAAAAGAAGGAAGCUGGAUUUAAAUAAUGCUGUUCAAAAAAGAGAUGAAGUUAAAGAACAGGUAGAAAUACUCAAGAAGAAAAGAUUCGAUGAGUUCAUGGUUGGCUUCAAUAUCAUAUCAAUGACCUUGAAAGAAAUGUAUCAAAUGAUCACUAUGGGUGGAAAUGCUGAAUUGGAACUUGUGGAUAGUCUUGAUCCUUUUUCCGAAGGUGUCACCUUCAGUGUCAUGCCUCCUAAAAAGAGUUGGAGGAAUAUUACAAAUCUUUCAGGUGGUGAAAAAACUCUAAGUUCCUUGGCUUUAGUUUUUGCUUUACAUAAGUAUAAACCAACUCCCCUUUAUGUCAUGGAUGAAAUCGAUGCUGCUUUGGAUUUCAGAAAUGUGUCAAUUGUAGCUAACUAUAUCAAAGAAAGAACUAAGAAUGCACAGUUUAUUGUUAUUUCCCUAAGGAAUAACAUGUUCGAACUAGCACAACAGCUGGUUGGUAUUUAUAAAAGAGAUAACAGAACCAGAAGUACCACAGUGAAAAACAUAGAUAUCUUCAACAGAAACUAA